AUGGGUGCCGCUCCAGCCUGUUACAUGGAGAGUAGCUGUGGAUUCAAGCACAACGCAGACGGCCUAGAGUGCGAAACUCGAAACGUCGGAACCUCUACCGUCACUCCUGUCAUCCUGAAGAGGGAGUGCUGUGACUUUGUCAUAGAUGUCCAUGGCGCACAGGGCGGUGCGAUCCCCAACCAGGACGUAGACCAGAAUUAUAUGACUAGUAAAGUCGCUAUUGCUGGGACAAUAGCUGAAGCAGUUCAAGGAAACCACACAAGUGGAGGGGUAUUGUCCCCGGUCAGACAAAUGGGGGGUGAGGGAACCCCGGUGAAAGGUAAACCCCUCUCUGUUGACAAUAUGGAUAACCCUAAAGAUGCUGGGGCAGAUGAUGGUGCCAAGGGGGUUGUACAAGGAGUACUUGGCUCUGCUUCUAUAGAAGUAUCAUCUGAGGGGAAAUGGAGGAACAUAAGGAAAAGUCCUUCCAAUCCUCAAGCACAGGCCAACUGCCUCCGUCAGAUCCUGCUCCUUCAACUGGACCUCAUUGAACAACAGCAACAACAACUACAAUCCAAGGACAAGGAGAUUGAUGAGCUCAAGGCGGACAAAGAAACUUUGCUGGCCCGUAUUGAGCGGAUGGAGCGUCGCUUGCAGCUCACAAGGAAAGAUGGGCCGCGUGAUAAACGUCUUUUUCAGCCGCUGGAGCCUUGGACCCCAGAUAAAGAAGACAUUUGGGAUUUAGAUGUUGAAGAGACUCCUCAGCCAAACCCACCAACUCAGCUAAAUUAUCGUUGUAACAGAGGCCAAAAAAGGAAAUCAUGUUUUGGGGAUUUAAAGCGAGAGCUGCGCAGUAAAGAAACUCCAGAGAAGAUGUUCAGAUGUGGGACAGAGAAUGACAUGGUCCAGUGUAAAGAGGACCCGGAGCUGAGCUGUGAGAUGGAGGAUCUCCCCUUCAUGUCAACAACAGAGAUGUACCUCUGUUGUUGGAACCAGCCUCCCUUGUCGCCUCUGCGAGAGACUUCCCCUAAAAAGGAGGAAGAGGUGGCCAGUGAGUCGACUCCUCAUGUAGUACAUGAUAUGCUGAUUAUUUUUCCGUCCUGGAGGGAAAAUCACAUUGAGCCAUUGGAGGAGGACCCCUCUUUUAUUCCACCUGAGGUUCUAGAUGACAAUACCUUUUUGAAGCGGCAUUCAAAGUUGGAAUUGGAUGAGAAGAGAAGGAAGAGAUGGGAUAUACAGCGCAUCAGAGAGCAACGCAUGUUUCAUCGUUUACAGCAGCGCAUGAAUAAGAAAAAGGUGCAGGAGUCUGAGCCAGAGCUCUCGUCGUUCUACCCUGAAACAGAAGAUGUUGAAGCUAUAGUGAUAACUCCGUUCCUACCUGUGGUUGCAUUUGGCAGACCAUUGCCCAAACUCGCCCAACAGCACUUUGAGCUGCCAUGGCUGGAUGACAAAAGUAGAUGCCGCAUAGAAGUUCCGAAGAAGCAAACUCCACAUCGAACCUGUAGGAAGUGA